AAUGGUUGGCAGGUGUGCUGUUCCUGGUUGUAAAUCAACAUAUUUCAAAGGAAAUAAAAAAGAAAACGAGGUUACCCUGUUUGCAAUUCCUAAAACUUCAUUAUCAAAAUGGCGAGAACUAAUUCCAUGUAGUAAUUUGACGAGCACCUCACAUAUUUGCUCCCAACCCAACCCAACGUGUUCCAUCCUUUCAAACGUAGGAUUCUUAACGCUGGAGCAAUGCCCUGGAAACCAACAAUUUCUGUUAAAUGAUACAUCUAGUCAACAACUGCUGAUUACUUCAAAGAGCGAUUCAGUGGUGCUCGACAGCUACCACCAAAGCUGUCCAAUAUCAUUGCAUUAUUUCUUGCCAAAGCUGCAGCCAUCGUUCGAGAUCCUUCUCACCCAAUGUACCGUGCAAUCAAUAACUUUCUACUGGUAAAAUCGGCUAUGGAAGUGACCCAAGUUCCCGAAUUUUUCGUCAUGCUUCAUAACACUGAACUACCUGAACAGAGGUCGCUUCAAAGGAGUUUUUUACUCAGCCUUCUUCGAGAUGGCAUCAAAAGUCGUCAGGACUAUUUAGUGUGUGCUCGAAGAAGAGUCUUUCGAAUCCUUCUCUCCUUGCAGCCAUCCAAUCUAUUGUCCGACAAAACUGAUAAGCGGCUCAUACUUGAAGUCGUACAAUCUUCACUUCAGAAUUCAAUCAUUACCUAUGACUUGAUUCAACAUCGUGGCCUUAUCAUGUGGCUUGACAGCCUCUUGCUGACCGACACCGUUGCAGAUGAAGCUAGUCAGAUGGUGUCGGUGGUGACGACAAUGUGGGACACGCUCUACACUCACAUGCUGAAGAAGAGAGAGUCGAAAGAAAAGGACGACGAAGAAGCUAUUGCAAAACUUGAACAGGAGGUCGAAAUGAUGGAAGCCGAAGACGAAGAUACCGCCGACAAAACCACUAACAAACCCAAGAUGCAGAAUGCUAAAAUCAGUAGCAGAAAACCUAUUUGGAAUUUACUUCCUAUGCAGCAACAAGUUAUUGCUCCCUGGAUCAUGUGUGAGCUAAUGCAGUUGAUGGUCAAUUUGUGGCAUGUACUCUAUGAAGCUGAGCCAAACUAUGCUACGUUUAACAAAUACGCCCGAGUAUUAUGCUCCGUCGCUUCACACAUUCACGAAUCCAAAAGCAUCAUUCAAGCAGCUCAGGAGAAGGAUUUGAAGACCGUCCGGUUUGUUACCCCUCCCUGCAUGCUGAAUGUUAAAUUGAUGCGACAGCUCGUUGAAGUCUCAUCCCGCUUUGUGAGUAAUCUUCCCGAUCUAAAGGAUCAUUUGGCAGUAGUUGAAAGUUCCAAAAAGAAAUCCUCGGCUUGCCCAACAGAACUUAGUCGAAACUGGGAACGAAGACACAGGUAUAUGCGAGAACUUAUGGACCAAGAAGAGACAAAUGUUUCAACCAGAUAUAAUGUGCACAAAUUAUUGUCUUUAGCUGAAUGUGGUGUUUGAAAUAACAAUGACAAUUUUGUUUGCAUACAAGGAGAACCUCGUGA